AGCCAGCAGCUUUCUAUCUUUUUCCAAACUGAGCAGAGAUUGGAGAGGAGAGGCAGAGGCUGGUCGUGUGAGUUCAGGCCGGUGGGGAGAGUGUAAACUCUACAACUCUUUGAGGCAGCUGAGAUAGACAGAGGGAAAGAGGUUGGUGCUGCUGCUGCAACCAGUUAGCCAGCCGGACAGCCAGCCAAGAGUUCCAUGCAUCUACUGAUCAGAAGCUCCAGGGUGGUGCCCAGCAUGAAAGUCCAAUAAAGGAGUUCUGUACAACUGGAACAAACUUCUCCAGCGUCUGAAAGUUUCCUAUGUGGCUGACCUGUGUGCCAACAUGAAAGACGACUUUGGAGAAGAGGAGGAGGUUCAGUCCUUUGGCUAUAAGAGGUUUGGCAUUCAAGAAGGAACACAAUGCACAAAGUGUAAAAGUAACUGGGCACUGAAGUUUUCCAUCAUACUGUUGUAUAUAUUAUGUGCCUUGUUGACAAUAACAGUAGCCAUUCUGGGAUACAAAGUUGUAGAAAAAAUGGACAAUGUUACUGGUGGCAUGGAAAAUUCUCAUAGAAGGUAUACUGAGAAACUCACGGAAGUGGAGAGUGACCUGAAAAAAUUGGAAUGGAACUUAAGAGAGCAACUAUUAACCGGAACUGUAAUGCCUCUGAUGCAUUCUCUGGUGGUUGGCUACAUAUCAAGCAAUUAUUACCAAACUGGAGAGAAAGCUGUGAGCACCAACACAGAGCUUUCAAGCUUCAAAGAUGACAUCCUGGCACUUCGCCAGCAGCUUCAUGAGAUUUCAGAGAAAACAGCAAAGAACAAAGACACACUAGAGAAGUUGCAAGAGUCUGGGAAUGUGUUGGAUGACCAGCAGAGCCAAAUUAAAGGUGUUUUGGAUAGCAACUCUUUCAUGAUUUUAAGUGUCAACAAAACUCUCCAGGCUUACAAUAGCUACAUCAACGAUCUUCAGCAAGACACAAGUAAUAUUCAGACAAGUUUGCAAAGUCAAAUGCACUCACACAACAUAGUGAUCACAAAUCUAAAUAAUCUGAAUCAGACACAAGUUCAGCAAAGAGAUCUUAUCAGUGCUUUGCAGAGAUCUGUGGAUGAUACAAGUCAAGCUAUCCAAAGAAUCAAAAGCGACUUUCAAAACCUUCAGCAGGUUGCCCUCCAAGCAAGGAAGGACACAGACUGGCUUAAAGAGAAAGUGCAGAAUUUGCAGACAUUAGCGGCCAACAACUCAGCUUUGGCCAAAGCUAAUAAUGAUACACUUGAAGAUAUGAGCAAUCAACUUAGCUCAUUCAGCGGACAGAUGGAGAACAUCACUACUAUUGCACAAGCCAAUGAACAAAGUUUGAAGGAUAUCCAGGAACGCCACAAAGAAUAUGAAAACGGAACAUCUGCCAAGUUUAGCCAGCAAGACGAGCGAUUUCAUAACUUCGAGACAGAUAUUGUCAACAUCAUUAGUAAUAUUAGCUACACUGCCCAUCACUUGCGGACACUAACUAGCAAUCUCAAUGAUGUCAGGACAACAUGCACAGAUACCCUUAGUAAACAUACAGAUGAGCUGACUUUUAUGAACAACACAUUAGCAAAUAUUCGCCUGGAUGCUACUGCUCUUAGAAUGCAACAGGAUGUGAUGAGGACAAGAUUAGACAUUGAAGUAUCCAAUUUAUCAGUAGUAAUGGAAGAAAUGAAGGUGGUAGAUUCUAAACAUGGCCAGCUCAUUAAAAAUUUCACAAUACUACAAGGCCCUCCAGGUCCGAGAGGUCCCAAAGGUGACAGAGGGCCCCAAGGUCCUAUGGGUUUUGUUGGGCCCAAAGGACAAAAGGGAGAAAAAGGUGAACCAGGAGCACCAGGACCUCAAGGUGAAAAAGGACCACCUGGACCAUUCGGACCACCAGGUGAAAAAGGUGGAAAAGGUUCCAGAGGUUCACCUGGAUCCAAAGGCCAGAGAGGUUCAACUGGAAAGACUGGUCUGCCAGGACCCAACGGAGAACCAGGAUUACCUGGACCACCUGGCAAAGAGGGCCCUCCAGGCCCACAGGGCCCACCUGGACUUCAAGGUCUACAAGGAAUUGUUGGUGAGCCAGGAAUACCUGGUCCACGUGGGUUGCCUGGUCUGCCUGGUACUCCUGGAAUGCGUGGACCUCAGGGCCAACCUGGACCUCCUGGGCCACCAGGUCCAGGAAUACCAGUGGCACUACAAAGUGAGGCUAAUGGUUGUCCUGUUUAUUGGAAGAAUUUUACGGGCAACUGUUACUACUUUUCAUCAGAAAGAACCAUUUUUGAAGAUGCAAAGGCUUUCUGUGAAGAGAAAUCAUCACAUUUGGUUUUUAUAAACAGUAAAGAAGAGCAGCAAUGGCUAAAAAAACAGGUUAUUGCAAAAGGCAGCUUCUGGAUUGGCCUCACGGACUCGGCAAAGGAAGAUGAAUGGCGAUGGCUGGAUGGAACCUUACCGGAAUAUAUAAACUGGAGUGCUGGGCAGCCCGAUAACUGGAAACAUGGCCAUGGACCAGGGGAAGAUUGUGCCGGGUUAAUUCAUGCUGGGCUCUGGAAUGACUUUCACUGUGAAGAUGUUAACAGUUUUAUUUGUGAACAAGAGAUGGACAAAGCUGGGGCUCCAGGAUUGUAAUAGGCUGUGAACUGAAAGACACAAAUGAGUGAAAUUUCCUGAAUGAUGAAGUAUCUUCUGGGACAGAAUCAUCACCCAACCAAAAGAGGGAGCACUGAGAACUUUGAUGGGAAAAAAAAUCAUCAGCGCAAUUCAUUCUCCAUGUCUUCUAAUUUUUCAGAGGUUUUACAACCUGUUGCACAAAAGCACUGACUGGAAGUACAAUUGGACUAAACCAGCUACAGAUCCUUCUCAACUUUAAUACAUAAAAAUACUGAAGAUUUAUAAAAGAAUGGACAAUGCCAAGCUGACUACAAAUCACAACCUUUCCAUAGGAAGAAAAUCCAAUACAAACCUACUAUGUAAACACAACAGCCACUUCCUAAAAUUCCAAAUAUUGGCAAAUUAUAUAAAUAUACAUUUAUAAAUAUAUAUAUAUAAAUUUUUAUAUAAAUACCUAUAGGCCAAUUCUGAUCAGUAAUAUAGAAUAUACUUUUAAAUUUUUUGUAUUUUUGUACAAAAUAUUUGCCUAUUACAUUGGUCUUUUUAACUUCCUUUUUAUAUGUAGUACACAGAUGCCAAAGAAAAUAGCAGUGAUACUACUUAUUCACUAGAAGAGAUUGUCAGGUAUAGGUCUCAUCAGUUAAAAACACAUAUUUUGAUUUAAUAUAUAUAUAUAUAUUUCCCAGAUAAAUCACCCUAGUUUAAUAACUUUUGAAAAUGACUAUAGGUGGCAUUUGUAGUAUUUUAUGCAAGAGUGUAUAGCAGCUGUCACCAACCUGGUGCCCUCCAGAUGUUUUGGAAUUCUAUAUCCCUCAACUCCAGCUAGCACAAGCAUGCUGACUGCGGCUGAUGGGAACUGUAGUUUAGAACAUCUGGAGGGUACCGCAUUGGCAAAGGCUGGCACAGACCAUGUUGUGAUUUAUCCCCAAGACAGAUAUGAUGCAGUUCUCAAAUACCUUUCUUCUGACUUGGUCCUAUUUAAUGUGAUGGGAUGACUGGAAUAUGCAGAGAAUAAACCACAUGGGGAUGGGAGCCUAACAGCCCUGUCCUCAUGGAACACCUGAUACUAUUCUGCCUUCAAGGAAGUGGGGUCAUGCUUGAGGAAAGAGGCCAGAACUCAGUAGCAAAGCAGAAUGUCCGGGUUCAAUCCCUAGUAUUUACAAUUAAAAGGGGUAGUAGCAAGUGAUGGGAUAGACCUCUGCCUGGACAGCUACUAAUGCCAGGCUAGAUGAGGAAAUAGUCUGAACUGGUGUAAGGCAGAUUCCUAUGUUCCCAUUCUAUCCUUAUCUAUAGGGUUUCUGUUGGUCCUGGGGACUCAACUGUAAUACAUACAAAUGGAAACUCAAGGCCAAACUAGACAAUGCAGUUCAAUAUGUGUAACUUGUCCCCAAAGGCAUUUCGGAGAGACCAAUGGGCAAUACAACAGCAGGGGAUACUUAACCCUUGCCUUUCCAGCCAUUUUUCUGCGCCAAGUCAGUCCCUCCAAGCUGCUGCUCUUUUCUCUGCAGGGACGAAUGACUGUCAAGGAAAAGGUUAAGCAGCUCCUUCCCAGAGCUGCUCCUCUGCUUCUUGUCAACCUCACCAAACCUCCUGCUUUGGGGAUUUUUUCUUUUUAAGACAUUGAGGAAAAUCUAGUUUGGUUCUCAGCUGGCACAAAUACUGGCAUUAAGAAAUCCUGGACAAGCAUAAUGUUCAAGAAUGAACUGUACUUAAAAUAAAUAUUGUGUUCAAAAUUGUCACACAUUUUGACCUUCAUGAGAGUAAUGUGACAUUUGUGUGUAGAAGGAAUCAUGCAACUAUGUGUAUUUUGAUUUAGCAGAAAUGUCUUAUGAUCACUUGUUGCUGAAGGUUCUGGGUACCUAAAAGGAAUUUGUUUUGUCAGUGGCGUCACUAGGGUUGGUGUCACCCGGUGCAGCCCGCAGCGCCUUCUCUCUGACUCCGAGCGAGCGCAUGGCCGCAUACGCGGCCACACGACAGGACCCAGGAGCGCGCCGCCGCCUCGUUGUCUGCCACCGCUUCCACCUUCUAACAGGAAGGCAGCCAGCGUGCCACACGAAGGCUCUAGGCGGUGCCGGGGGGGGCGGCUCUGGGUGUCACCCCUGUCUGGUGGUGUCACCCGGUGUGGCCCGCACCUGCCGCACCCUCCUAGUGACGCCCCUGCGUUUUGUCAUACAGCAAGUGAACUGAUGAUGUACAGAAGCUAAUGCCGACAAAUAUCAAAGUGGCCUUCAUAUUUUUUCCCCUGAAAUGUUUUGCUCAAACAUUAGUAUCACUCAUUCCUCUCAUCUGCUCCAUUCCAAUUAAAUAACAUUUGCUAAAACUUUACUAUUUCCUUCUGUGCCUAACUUUCCUCAAUAUUUGCCCUGGUUAGUGUUACAGUGAAUAAUCAGUGAAUAAACAGGAAAGUUUAGAAAUCUAUGCAGAUAAGGCGAAAGGUGAUCUAUCUCCCUGUUGUUUUAUCCCCAAGGAACAUUUCAUUUUACUAUUUACUGUUGCAUCUAAGCUAUUUUCAGAUGUUACCCUGCUUCUCCUUCUGGCAUUCAGUUAACUUGAAAAGCCCCCCCCAUCUUUAUUCUUUAUUGGAACACCAGAAUAGGGUCCUCCACACAUGCAGCUUGUACCAGUGGAGGCUGGCUUGAGGCAUUCAGUUAAUGAAUUGAUUCUGUCAUUCUGAUGCCACUGCCCUGUCUCCUGGUAAAUCACCUCAAUCUCCAGACUCUCAGGUUUCAUUUUUUAAAAAAUUAAGUUUCUAGGUGGUCUGGUUCAAGGGAUAUACACCAAAAUGUCAAUCCCCACAACGUCUGUUAAAUGAGUUCAUAGCUGGCUGCUCUAACCCUGCCCUUUCAGUUUUGUAGCCACUAGAAGUCAGGGUUGUGAUUGACAAGGGAUUUGUUGACCUCCAAGCAAUAGAUCCCAUUGCAAGUCCAGAAAAAUGUUGUUUUUUUCCUGCGUGUCUAAAAAAUCUCAUAAAUUGAGUAAGUUUAUAGCUUUCAGCAGUAGCCAAAGUCUCUUUAUCUCUAAAUACCAUUACAAUGUGCUAUGCUUUUCAAAUUAUGAGGAGUCAAACAAGUUUAAAUUUUCCUAGGCUGCUGAAGAGGGCAGUGUUUUGAAAACCUUCCCAAUAUGAAGCGUUAAUCCUAUACACUUUUCUGGGAGAAAAGCUGCAAUGCUAAUCCCACAUACCCUGAGUAAACCCCAUUGAAUUCAAUAGGACUUGCUUUUGAGUAUACAUGGUGAGGAUUGUGCUGUAAAUUAAUGGGACUUAUGAGUGAACAUAGCAAAGAAUUGUGCUUGUAUUGUAAAUCUUUCUCUCCCCCUCCCAUCCUAUUUUUCAAAGCAAUAAGACAGGUGUCACUGCUAUUAUUAUGCAGGAAACUAAUACUGAUUUCAUUUUUUUUAAAAAAAGUUCUGCAAUGACCAACUGGUUUUAACAAUAAACAAUUAUAUGGGGUGUAUGCAUUUUAUAUCUCCAGUGUGUGUAUAUAUGGAGCCUUUCCAACAUCCCUGUGGGGUAAGGUUGCCGAUUGGAAGCCAAGGCAGCUCACAACAAGAAAUAAAUCCCUUUAAAAUCCAAUAAAAAAACAAGUAUAAAACAAUUGCAAAACAGCUUAAAUUGCAUGAUUCUGAAUUUAGGGUUGAGUGAAGUUUGUUAUCACUGGAGGUUGCAGUUCUGUGCAUGUUUCUGAGUUUGAGUAAUCCCCAUUGAAUACAUUGGGACUUGCUUCUCAGUAAACAUGCAUAGGAUUUCACUAUAAAUAUCUUUACAGGUUGUUUAAAUAAUAAACA